UUUCUUAUUAUUAUAUAUUGUACAUUACAACAUUAAUAAUUAUAAAAAUAUAGUUCCCAAUCAUAAUUAUUUUAAAUAGAAGAUGAGCCAAGACGUAUUAGUAAUUAUGUGAUAACAUUGAUUUAUUUUCAAGAACUCCCGCUAAACAUGAAACCUUCAGGGAACGUUACGUUUUCGCUCUAAUUUAGCAAAUUUGUAACGUUUUGUAUGUAUAGGUUAAAUAACAGAUUUUAUAUACGUUUAAAAGUAACGUUCUAUUUGUGUUAGUCCAUGGAACGUGUCAAAAACAUUACAUUUUUACCUUAAAUGUGACCCUUUGGAACGUUACAAAAGAAACAUUUUGUGACAUGACAGUAACGUUUUAUAUAAAAUGUUUUUUUUAUAACUUUAAAAACAUUGCCUCAACGUUACACGUACAAUAUUUCUGAAACAUUCAGUUUGCUACGUUUCUUCAAUGUUUUCUUUGAAACGUUAACUUUUACACAUUCAAAAACGCCGCAACAACGUAGCAAAUGCGACAUUUCUGAAACGUUAAUUUGCGACGUAAUGUAAAGGUUUUGUUUGAAACAUUAAUUUUAAAACAUCUUACACCCCGCGUUAAUGUGCAUCAUCUGCAUGCGUUUAAGGACACGAUAAUGCUGCAAAUAAUGCUUUGAAGCAUUGAUUGGUCAAUUUGUAAAAUUCUUUACUCUGAUUGGUUAAUCAUAUGCUUCCAAAUUAUUUGUAGCAAGACUUUGACCGCACUCUAUAGCAGUGCAUGCAGCAUCAUCUUUUGCAUGAGAGAAUUAAUAUACAAAAAUGAUAUUGUUUAAAUAAACGCGCUUUGUAGCGAGUCUGCAUGGCUGCGUUCAGAAUGAACGUCUAAGUGCACCCAGACAUCAUUUUAUCUUGUUUAACAUUCGAUAAACAACAAAGAUAAAACAUCUGUGCGCACCUGCAAUGGACGUUUAUUCUGAACGCACUCCAUGGGACACGGUGUGAAGGCGCUUAAGGAGCGCUCGACCAGCGGGGGUCACGCGGCUAACGACACGGACGCGGGCUCCCGCGUUUUGUUUUCUGAAUCUUUCUUGUCUCUCUGCUUUUAACGGCGGGUGGACGUGGCCCGGUUUUCUGAUUCUUCUUUUGCAUUUUCUUCAUUUUGUGCGUGCACGCAAUUCCGGAAGGAGAAGUGAGUAGUUAACUGUGGUUUCAAAUCGAAGUCCGAGCUCUGGCUGCCAGAGAAGCCGGAGCUCGGACUUCGAGAUAAUAAUCGAGUGGUUGCCAGGGAAGGAAGCUGGAGUUUGGAGACAUAUUUCAAGAUACGAAUUUUUUUACGAGUUUUGGAGCCUUGUGUCCUUAAGAACUUACUUCGAUUUCAUCGAACAUGAUAUCAUAAAAAUUAAAGACGAGUGUGAUCUUAUUAAAUUGCUCCAAAUAUUGAAUGAAUUCAAAGUCGAUAUAUUACCACUUCAAGUUAGAUUAACAGUAUAUAAAUUAAUCUUGAUUGAGUACUGUUUAAAUAACCAAAGGGAUGCUUAUAAAAAUAGACACAAAUUGUUAACAUUAGCAAUUUAUUUACGAAUUAAAGGAAAUAAUAGUAGACUUCGUAUAUAAAAUGCCAUAAUAAGGGAAACUUUUUAAAAUUAAUAGCUAAAAAGGUACUUGAGAGUUUGUGAAUGUUUUGGAUAAAGUGACUAUACAAUUCAAAGAUUGUUUUAAAUUAUGGAGACUGUUUUUGCUGUAAAUGAUCAAAUCCAAGCGUUGUUGCAACGAAGUGUUCUUUGGUCUGUGGUCGAAUUUUUCGAUAAUUUAGAAGAAUCAGCUGCUAUCGAGGUAAUACCAACAAUAUGGAUCACAAUUAUCAACAAUGAAAUAACGUGCAAAUGGCCUGACAAAAAUCCUCGGAAAGCUAUAAAAAAAUGUGCAGCCGCAAAAAGUUCUUGGAAAAUAUAUAAAAUUAAAACUAUAUUACUUCAAACUGAUACAUACAAGUCUGCUUUGGAAUUUGCAAUUAAAAAAACUCAAACCUAUACUGAUAUAUCCGUUCCAGAAGUUCAAAAAAAAAGGAAACCAAAAAGAAAAAACCUAGAUGAUUAUAUGACCACUGAGCUUAGUGACAAUUCUGAAAGCCAACGAAUGACACCUCCUCCAAAACUUCCAACACUAUGUGAUUCCGCAAUAGAUCGUGGAAAUGUAUUUCCGAAGAAUGAUACAAACAUUGCUCCAACUGACAAGACAAUAAAUGAUAAUGACUUUCACGAUAACGAUAAAGAAAAUCAAAGUCCGAACGAGAUUGAAACUAACAAUUUGGAUUGUUUAAAUGACAAUGAGGAUCUUGAAUCCUAUCAUAGGAUUGGGAAUGCGUCACAGGAAACCAUGUUUACACCAAAUUUCGUACGCAACAUUUUAUUUGAAGAUUUACCAUCAGGAAACGUAUUUUUAUUUACUAGGAGGGGAUUCACCCCAAAACCAAAUAAAAAAUUCAUUGGAAAAAAUUUUCACAAACAAAUUAGGGAUGAAAUGUUCGUGGAAAGGGCAAAAAGGGAACUUUGCAGUAAACAUGUUAAUUAUAAUGGAGAUAAUAAAAUGUGCUACUCGAAAACAUUUUCCGAAUUUAACGGACAAACAGAUGCAAAACUACGUAUCCGCAUGGCUAAAGCAAAAGUACAACCGGAAUAAAAACUUUGACAUGCCACAAAAAGUGCUUUGUGAAAGUGUCGAUAUAGUGCGACAAACAAAUUCACGCAAAGUAUUUGGUAUACCUUUAUACAAGUUGGACUGCGGUGAUGGCAAAGUACCACUCGUAGUAGAUCGAUUGAUCACAAUUAUCGAGAUGCAUGGUCUCUAUACCGAGG